AUGCUCCACCUUGAAAAUGGCGCGUGCAAAUCGGGCAUAAACCGCGCGAAGGUGGACAGAUUCGUUCGUGAAAACGACAGACACAACCUCAUCACUGACCCAUCUCGCAUGAUAUGCGGGCCCUCCGGCUCCCACACGGAGACAGUGAUUCACAUAGCGACAGAGCUCUCAUGGAACGAGUAUAGGCAAGCCUGGGAGUGUUGCCUCUGCUAUGCGACCUUCCGCUCGCUCAAGGCGCUGAACCAGCACCUUGCGAGUCCGAGGCACCAAGAGAAGAUGUAUAUAUGCCGGGAGCCAAGCUGCAACACACGCUUCACUGCGCUCAGCGGCUUUGUAUGGAAAGCGAGACUACCGUAUAGUGUAGUUUGUACCAAGUAA